AUGUCAUAUAUGGCCCAAGUAUGUGAUUCAGCUGUUGCUACGCUCGAAGAGCCUGCCGAGUAUAUCUAUUUCCAGGACAAGAUGCAUCAUAGAGAAAUGGAUAACGGGCGAGUAAUCAAUCGAAAUGGAAGACGAGUUCCUAUAAGCAUUACCUGCAGUCAAUCAUCAGCAAAUAUGUUUAGAAAGUAG